AUGGCAUUUUUGGCAAGUCGCAGUAUCGCUUUUGAAAGCUCGGAAGCAUUAUCAAUUAGGUUAAGUGAAAACAACCACUCAUCAAAAAGGACCAGCCAAGGGGGCACUAGCAAAAGAAUAACCUUAGCGGCGUCAUCAGAAUCGAAUCGUGACAAGUGUAGUCUGUGUGAAGGAUCACAUAAACUAUAUGCCUGUUCAAAGUUUAAGGAACUAUCAGUGUCAGAUCGUUUUAAUCAUGUACGUGGGAGACGUUUGUGUUUUAAUUGUCUGGCACCAUUUCACAUGUCGGAUGCGUGUCGUUCUAAGUAUUCUUGUCAAAAAUGUAGAAGACAUCAUAAUACGUUACUACACUUUGAAAGUAAUGUUCGGGACGCUUCAGCUGCAGCUACCGUUCCUCAGGAGAACGAAGCCGAAAGUGAUGCCGAAGAAGUUGCUAAUGCAGAUCAAGUGUCAUUAUUAAUAAAUCACAAUAAAAGUCAUGUGUUUCUAUCGACCGCGAUUGUGUUAGCAACCGAUAAAUUUGGAAAUUCCCGCCAAUUUCGAACUAUAUUGGACAGUGGGUCCCAGGUGAAUUUCAUAUCCAAAGGUCUGUACAACAAGCUACAAUUGCCGACAAGGCAUUCAAUUCUACCAAUAAACGGUAUUGGAGCAAGUCAUGUACAAUCGAGAUCGUGUGUGGAAGUACAAUUGAAGUCAAGAGUGUCAAAUUUCAGCAUAAAUAUAUCUUGCUACAUAUUACCCGUCAUCGUAAACUCACUACCCGCAGUAACCUCCCCAGUGGAUGGUUGGAAUAUACCAGAAGAUCUAGCCAACGGUUUGGCGGACCCGGCGUUCUUUGAGGCAGGGUCAAUAGACUUGCUCAUUGGAGGAGGCUCGUUUUUUGAUCUUUUGGACCCAAAACGAGUUCAUUUAGGAGUGGAUACAUUGUGUCUGCAAGGUAGCAAAUUCGGAUGGAUAGUGACGGGUGAAAUUGGCGUCAUUUCACUCCCGAGCAUCGCAUCGAUGGGGCAGUUGUUAGAAGAGGACUGGAGAGCGUUGAAGGAUAAAGAAGAUAAUUUGUACGGACGACAUUCAAAGAUAAAUCUAAAACUAUUGGAAGAGAAGCAGACCGUUGAGCAUUUCAAGGAGAACACAAAGAGAGGGACGGACGGUCGCUUCAUUGUAAGAUUACCAUUGAAACCCUUAGUAGAAGAGCUCGGUGACACGUUGAAGCUCGCAACCACUCGCUUCAUAAGCGUAGAAAGGAGACUACUGCGGGAUGAGAAGCUCCAGAAGGAAUACACUAGAUUCAUGGAGGAAUACCUUGACCUUGGGCACAUGGAAGAGGUAAUUGAUGAAGACCAAAUACCUAAGCGAUCGUCCUACCUACCUCACCAUGCCGUGAUAAAGGAAUCAAGCCUAACCACCAAGGUCCGCGUUGUAUUCGAUGCGUCUGCGAAGAGUUCGACUGGUGUCGCGCUCAAUGAUGUGUUGAUGUGUGGACCAAAUGUCCAAGAGGAUGUCUUCUCCAUAUUAGCCAGAUUCAGGAAGCAUCAAUACGUGUUGACAUCAGACAUCGAAAAAAUGUUUCGACAGGUAGCAGUUGCAAAAACGGAUUGGGAUCUCCAGCGCAUUGUAUGGAGAGCCAAACCCAGUGAUCCUUUGCGCACAUUUCGACUCACAACUGUAACUUAUGGGACUACAUCGGCCUCAUUUCUUGCAACUCAGUGCCUAGUAGCCUUGGCAGAAAAUGUAAAGGAGCUUUACCCUAAUGCAGCUCGGAUAAUUAGAAGAGAUUUUUACAUGGAUGACCUCAUGUCAGGGGCUGAUACAGAAGAGGAAUGUUUGAAGCUACAACAAGAAAUAAGUGAUAUUUUGAACUCCGCCAAACUCAGACUGCGAAAAUGGUGUUCAAAUUCUGUAAGGGUGUUAGAGAAUAUAGACAAGGUCGAGGACGAUCCACUUUUUACCUUAGAAAUUAAAGAUGGAAAUACGGUGAAGUCUCUGGGGUUAGGUUGGAAACCGUUAGCAGAUCAGUUUCACUUCAACAUCUCUAUAGACCCGUCGUUAAACAAGUGCACAAAGAGAACAUUGCUAUCGGAUUUGAAUCGUGUGUUUGAUCCACUUGGAUUCUUAUGCGCUGUUUUACUAAGAGGAAAAAUGUUUUUACAGCAAAUAUGGUCGAUGAAAUUAGAUUGGGAUACGCAACUUUCUUCUGACAUUCAAGGAAGGUGGAAAUCAUUCAUCCGUGAAUUGCAGGAUCUCAAAUAUUUAUCCAUUCCAAGGAAGGUGAAACCGUUGUCGAAUCAUCCUCCCGAAAUACAUGGGUUUUGCGAUGCCUCCCAGGAGGCAUAUGGGGCUUGCAUCUAUAUCAGGACGAGAGAUAAUCAAGGAAGGUGGAAUUCUCAGCUUCUUUGUGCAAGGACAAGAGUGGCACCUCUGAAGGAAUUGACCAUACCCCGGCUAGAAUUAAGUGGAGCAUUGCUGCUAGUCGAAUUAGCAAACAAGGUUGCCGAGUCAUGGUCUGUGGAACUAUGUACAUUCCAACUGUGGACAGACUCAUCAAUAGUAUUAGGGUGGCUGAAUAGUCAAACCACACGGUUAAAAACGUUUGUAUCCAAUCGAAUCAAUCAAAUUCUAGAGCUUACCGACCAAAAACAAUGGCACCAUGUUAGGAGCGAGGAUAAUCCAGCCGAUGUGGCAUCAAGAGGAUUAAGGCCGACAGAAAUAUUAUCUUGCGCUAAGUGGUGGAAUGGACCUAGUUGGCUGGUAACAGAGGGACACAAUUGGAAAUCCGAACCUGAAUCAAUUGUUAAAGAAGAAGACCUGCCAGAGAUAAGACCAAUUCGACUUGCAUUAAUAACGACCAACAUAACCAGCGAUUUGCUACCUUUAUACUCAGAUUGGAUUAAGCUUGUCCGCGCAAUCGCUUGGUUAGGAAAAUUCAUAGAGUUUAAGCGAGCCAAGAAGACAGGAAGCAGUUUGCCACGGUACCUUACAGUAUCAAAUAUCCGUUUAGCAGAACGUAGACUAAUAAAGGGAGCGCAAGCCGACGAGUUUGGAAUAGACCUCAUGAACCUCCUAGCAGGAAAGUCAAUUCAGAAAAGAAGCGUUCUGAGAGCCUUGUGUCCGUUUAUUAGUGAAGAUGGAGUAAUUUUGGUUGGAGGGCGACUUGGGAAUUCCGAUAUUGCUGAGACCCAAAAGCACCCAAUAGUAUUACCUUCAAGGCACAAAGUAACAAGACUAAUCUUUGAGGAGCAACAUAGAGCCAUGCAUCACUGUGGCCCACAGGCUCUCUUGGCCGCUGUCCGGCAACGUUAUUGGCCACUACGAGGUAGAGUAAUGGCACGGUCGGUGACAUCUCGCUGCGUCACCUGUAUUCGAUCAAGGCCACAAUUCGAGAACCCAGUAAUGGCACCCUUGCCCAAGAAUCGAGUGCAAUUUUCAAGACCAUUCACAAUAACAGGUGUUGAUUUCGCAGGACCCUUACUCAUCCGAAGUGGCAUACGUAGAGUAACAGCGAUAAAAACUUGGAUAGCAGUGUUUGUAUGCUUUGCAACCAGAGCAAUUCACCUAGAGGCGGUAGUUGGGCUCACAAGCGACGCAUUCAUGGCAUCAUUGCGACGCUUCAUGUCCAGACGUGGGAAAUGUAAGAAGAUAUACAGUGAUAACGGAACAAAUUUCGUGGGCGCACAAAAGGAGUUGUCCAACUAUGUGAAGAACACUGAAGAUCUCAUGGCACGGGAAGGAGUAGAAUGGCAUUUCAACCCACCAUCAGCCCCUCAUUUCGGUGGCUUAUGGGAGAGCGCCGUAAAAAGCGUAAAAACGCAUUUAGUUCGUGUCGUCAAGGACACCCGGCUCAAUCUCGAAGAGCUACAAACUCUACUAUGCCAAAUCGAAGCGUGUGUCAAUUCUCGGCCUAUGACUCCAUUGAAUAGCGACCCAUGUGAACCAAACGCCCUGACACCAGCCCACUUCCUAGUGGGGGGUCCACUACUAUUACCAGCCGAACCACAGAUAACACAAAAUGAAGUAGCACACUUGAAGCGUUGGAAAUUUGUACAAGGCCUAAUGCAGAUGUUUUGGAGAAGAUGGUAUAGUGAGUAUUUGCCGCAACUUCAAGUUAGAGGACGGUGGUUGAGCUCAAAAAGGGAAAUAUCCAUAAAUUACGUGGUAAUAAUAAAAGAAGAUUGUACUCCACCGACCAAAUGGAAGUUGGGAAGAGUAACCAAGGUACAUCCCGGAGGCGAUGGUAUCAUUCGUGUAGUGACCCUACGUACCACUACUGGAGCUGAAAUGCAAAGACCUGUCGGUAAAUUGUGUCGGCUCCCACUAGAACAAGAAGUUGAAACUUUAUAA